UGUUUACGUUGUGUUUAUUGCGUGAAUAAUAAUCACUUGAAUAAUACAUUCAUUUUCUCUCCAAUAAACAUAACAAACAUUUAUAACAUAAUGAAUGUGUGAAUGAAUUGUAAGAGUUUUGCACUCAUUUCGCCACAAGUUUAUGAAAUACUCGUUGAAAACACAAUACAUUUGAUUGAUUUGAAUCUAAGGCUCGCAUAACACGAGAGGCGAUGGACGACGUGUUGCCCACUGGCAGUCGUAUUGAGGAUCAGAUUAAUGACAUCCCAUUGGCUGAUGAGGACGCGCCCGAAGAGCUAAGCGAUGGCGUCGACUCGUGUCAUACACACAGUGAAGAGAAAUUGUCUGAAUUGACAAACGCUUCACAACGCUAUCAACUCGACGGCCAGAGUAUUGAAUCGAUUCCAUCGGUUUAUACCAAUGGCACCGAUAGUCCCGGCGCUCAUCAUAAUUCAAUGGAUCCGGACUUAAGUCCCGACGAGAUGGAGGAAAAGGAGAGACUCAUCGCACAAGUGCUCGAAUGCCAGAAUACACUCGACGAUUUGUCUCAAAGAGUGGAUUCAGUGAAAGAGGAGAACCUGAAACUCAAGUCCGAGAAUCAAGUGUUGGCACAAUAUAUCGAGAAUCUAAUGUCAGCCUCGAGUGUCUUUCAGUCCACUUCUCCUAAAUCUAAACGAAAAUCAAUUAAAAAAUAAUUCUCCCAACAAAUCAAAGCAAAUCAUAAUUUAAAACUAAUUAUUACUCAAAGCUUUAACUCAAUUGUAAUAUUAAAUUUGUUAUCAAUUAAUUUAUCGAUUAA